AUGAACUCCAGUUGCCUCUGAACCAAUCAAGUUGUUUGGGUAGUAGCUUGUUGUCCUAGUUUACCUGCGUAUGCGUACCGGAGACAUGGAGCCGGCGGUCGUCGAGGUGGAAGCGACAGCGCCGCCGCACGUAGUGGAGGACUGCCGCGGCGUGCUGCAGGUGCUGAGCGACGGGACCGUCGUCCGGUCCUCAGCGUCGCCGUACGCGGUGGAGGACCGCGACGACGGGCGCGUGGAGUGGAGGGACGCCGCGUACGGCGGCAGCCGUGGCCUCGGCGUGCGCAUGUACAGACCAAAGCCGCCCCGGGAGCGGCAAGGGAAGAAGCCCCUGCUACGCGUGCUGGCAUACUUCCACGGCGGCGGGUUCUGCAUCGGCAGCCGCGCGUGGCCGUCCGUGCACGCCUGCUGCCUCCGCCUCGCCGACGAGGCCCGCGCCGUCGUGCUCUCCUUCGACUACCGCCUCGCCCCGGAGCACCGCCUCCCCGCCGCUCAUGAAGACGCCGCCGACGCCCUCCUCUGGCUGCGCGAUCGGCUCGCCCUUACCCCCAACAACGACGAUGACGAUGGCGUCGGCUCGUGGCUCGCGGACUCGGGCGCCGACCCUGGACGGCUCUUCGUGUCCGGUGAAUCGGCCGGCGGCAACAUGGCGCACCACAUGGCCGCGCGCUUCGGCGAUUCGGGGCUCGGCCCCGUGGUGAAGGUCGCAGGGUACGUCCUGAUCAUGCCGGCCUUCACCUCGGAGGCGCCGACCGAGUCCGAGCUCGAAUCGCCGGCCACGGCGGCCCUGAGCCGGGACGUGGCCGAGCGGUACAACCGGCUCGCGCUGCCGGCCGGCGCCAACAAGGACCACCCGCUGAUGAACCCGCUGGGGCCGGACAGCCCCGGCCUGGCCCGUGUCGGCGGUCGCGUGCUCGUCGUCGUCGGCGGCGAGGACAUGCUCAAGGAUAACCAGCUCCGGUACGCGGAGGAAAUGAGGGCGGCCGGGAAUGACGUGGAGCUCUUCGUGCUACCCGGCGAGCAGCACGGCUUCUUCUCCAGUAAGCCGUGGUCAGAGGCGAGCGGCGAGGUCGUCCGUGCCAUCGGGCGGUUCAUGGACAGAGACGCCGCAGCAGCCGGUUCUGACUGAGUUUGGGUUCAUGGACAGCAACGUCGCAGCCGAUUCUGAUCGAGUUCGGGUUCAGCCAGCGGCCGUUGAGGCAGGAAUGGAUUGAUGUGUUCUAUGUUUCUGUAAUUUAGUUUCCGGAGACAAGAUAACCAUUCGUCCAUGUGGCAUAGGAUUUGUAAAAAUUGUACCUUGGUGCGGUCAAGCUUUCCCUUGACAAUGGAUACAUGUCUAAUUUCUAUGCUGUCGAGCUAAUAAGUUUACUUUGUCUCAA